AAUUUCUGUAAAUCUAUCUAAGAAGGACAAACAAACCUUGAAGUAUAAGGCGACAUCAACAUCUUUAUUAAUAUGUGUAUAAAGGUUAGCGUCUGCCUAUAGCUUUUGAAUUAGUCUAUAUCAAUCUAAGAAGGACAAACUACCCAUGAAGUAUCAAGCGACAUCAACAUCUGUAUUAAUAAGUAUGUAAAGUGAAUUAAAAUUGAAGACGAAUGAGACGGAGGAGGUGAGUGGGCUAUGGUCGCUGCUAGAUGAAUUGUGGAUUGCCAGGCUUACGUGUCGAUAUUGGACAUGGUGGCCUUAGCCAUGGUCUGUAGGAGACACCAGUUUGUGGUAGACUCCCAUAUGGUCAGGACAUUGAAAUUUUGGAUGGGUAACGUCGAGCCAUGUUUGUACGUAUAUAUGCAGAUGCAUCAAAAUCCAAGCCCAUGGUGGUUCGUCCACCACCCCCAUGCAACGUCUGCUCAAACCGGUCCAAUCGAGCUUGUGUCCUUUCCUUGAAUCAGGAUUAUGUUUCGUGAGGUAGGAUUGCGGAAUCUACAUUAUUUGUGGACUCAUGAACGGCAAACCCACAUCGGAAGUCCUUUAUUCGACUGUAUACAACACACAAUGCACCGCCUUACCCCCAUGAAGAUGGCUUGAAGCCGAGCAUCGACAAGCUUGGUAGACGGCAAGAAGAUAUACGUGUUUGGAAGGUACUGGGAAUGUUGUUGCUGAUUCCUCAAACUGUGUAGAGGUUUUUGAUAUGAAACCCGAACUUGGGACUUGUUGUCUGUGUUAACGCCCAAGAUGCCCCACAAAAUCCAACAUGAUGUGGUGGUACAUAACGACACGUAUGUUCACGCGGUGGAUGAGGAUGGUCAAAUCUUUUUCUUCUCAACAAGUUGUUGUUUCUUUGUGACAACCGGAUCAAAAGAGUUUUAUUUGAGGCAUUAUUCUGCCAAGAUAUCGGCGGGAAAAUACUGUGGCGUUUUCCAGAGGAGACUGUUUGGAAGGAAUUCAAGGGUUUGAAAGAGCCGUAGAAGCAACACUCUGAAUGGGAUUAUUGGUGGUGGUUCUUUUGAUAUCAUUAAACUUUGCGCCUUCUUUGUUGAGAGGCUGGCCAUCUUCUGGAAGCCCACCAGCCUGAUGCAUUUUGGAGAUUUGGUAUGCCAAGCUUUCCCUGACCAGACGCCAUGGACUCGAGGGAUGGGGUGAGGUUUCAGUGAACAUUGAGCGGUUAGGUUGUUUUUAUUGUUAUAUAGUGGUGGCGGUCUUAACUUGUUAUAUGCUGAUUUUAUCUAUGCCUGAAUCAUUCAUUGUUUUUAUUUUUUAUAUCUUGUCUUUUCUACUAGUGUGAAAUUUUUACCCUUUUCUAGUACUCUGGAAUCUUUAAAAUAUUUUUCUCAUUGAA